AUGAAGUACACCAAGCCUUCAUCGGGCGGAAUAUACCCCUUCCAGCCCUGGAGCCAGAACAGUUCCAGCAUCCGAUCGUCUCCCAGCGAGGCAUCGCCCACUACGCAACACAUCGCCUUCAGCUUCGGCAGUGCUUAUGAAUGCUCUCCUAUCUCGAUGCCUCCUCCGCCACCCCCUUCUCCCAGCGACAACACCCUGACUGAUAUCACGCCUCGCAAAUGCUCUUUCUCCAGCGGAUACGGCAUGAGCAACAACACCUGUGCCUUUCCCUCCUGGCCCAACCGACCAUCUCUGAUCAGUGCCGACUCGGAGGGCUCGUCUGCCAGUGCCUACAUCUCCGACGAGGACCUUUACUUCGAAUCCAUGGGCCCCGUCGAGUCGGCGAUUGACGAGGAGUCCGCCGCCCACGACCCCGCCAUGGGAGACCCCGACAUGACGACCGAGCAGCAGAUCCAGGUGAUGCGCGCUGCAGCCGAAGAAGAAGCUCACCGUGCUCGAUUCCUGGCCCAGGUUCAAGCCCAUGCACGAGCUCAGCAGGCCCUACGAGUGGCACAGCUCGCGGCGGUGGAGCGCGAAAACGCGAAACGGAAGAAACGCAAGGCCAUUCCUGACCGCAAGCGACGCGCCACUUCCUCGUCCAAGAACUCUCGCAGCUAA